UGGCACCACCCCGUCUAUACCGAUGAACAGAUCAACGGCGUAAAGAUCAUGCACCGUGAGUGCAAGUCAUGGAGCGACAAGGUAGCUUUGACGGCGGUGAGGGUUAUGAGGUGGUGCUUCGACUUUGCUACUGGGUACAAACACUCCGCCGACGUCGCCUCCGGCAAGGUCGAUCCCAGCUCGGCUCAAGCUACGCAGCAGUUCGCCAUGACACCAGAGAAGUGGUUGAUCCGUAUCAUCUUCCUCGAGUCUAUCGCAGGUGUACCAGGGAUGGUUGGAGGAGCAUGUCGACAUCUUCGUUCAUUACGUGUGCUAAAGCCCGACAACGGAAGAUUGGAGACUUUGUUGAGUGAGGCCGAGAACGAGAGGAUGCAUCUCUUGACAUUCUUGGAGAUGAGGCACCCCGGAUGGUUCAUGCGUACCAUGAUUAUUCUCGGACAGGGAGUCUUCUACAACCUGUUCUUCGCUUCAUACCUGGUGUCGCCACGCACCUGCCACCGCUUCGUCGGAUUCCUCGAGGAAGAGGCCGUUAUCACAUAUUCUCGCUGCAUCGCUGAUCUCGAUGCUGGCAAGUUACCGGCAUGGAAGGACUACCCUGCACCAGAGAUCGCGAAGAAGUACUGGGGACUGGGGGAUGAUGCCACCCUUCGGGACGUUUUCUUGGUGGUUCGUGCCGACGAGGCAAACCACCGACAUGUCAACCACAGUUAUGCCAACCUUGGACCUGAUGAUCCCAACCCAUUC